CCAGUUGUGGUGUGGAGCCGGAAGUGUCGCGGAGAAUCAAAAUAAAAAAGAACAGAAGUGGAUCAACUGACAAAGUUUGCAAAAUAUCGUCGCACGUCUAAUCAAUGCUUUAUCGGCUAUCGAUCUGAAAGACAUUCUGUUCGCUGUAGCUGAUUUUUUAUAGCUGGUGUAACAUAAAAACGAGCUAGCGAGCCAGCUAGCUAGCUAGUUGCUUACAAUCAUGUCGAAUAUGGAAAAACAUCUUUUCAACCUGAAAUUUGCGGCCAAAGAGCUUCAGCGGAACUCCAAGAAAUGUGACAAAGAGGAAAAAGCAGAGAAGGCCAAAGUCAAGAAGGCCAUCCAAAAAGGUAACAUGGAAGUGGCCCGGAUACACGCAGAGAACGCCAUCCGCCAGAAGAAUCAGUCCAUCAACUUCCUGAGGAUGAGUGCAAGAGUAGAUGCUGUGGCAGCCAGGGUGCAGACGGCCGUCACCAUGAACAAGGUCACCAAAUCGAUGGCGGGAGUAGUGAAGUCCAUGGAUGCCACUCUGAAGAGCAUGAACCUUGAGAAGAUCUCAGCCCUGAUGGACAAGUUUGAGCGGCAGUUUGAGACGCUGGACGUGCAGACGGCCCAGAUGGAGGACACGAUGAGCAGCACGACCACGCUCACCACGCCGCAGAAUGAGGUUGACACCCUCAUGCAUGAAAUGGCUGAUGAGGCUGGGCUGGAUCUGAACAUGGAGCUCCCCCAGGGUCAGACAGGGUCGGUGGGGACCAGCGUGGCAUCAGCGGAGCAGGAUGAGCUGUCCCAGAGGCUGGCCAGACUUAGAGACCAGGUGUAGAGGACCUUGAACGCUGUGUGACUGAAGUGAAGGUCUGGACCAUGUGCUCACCGCCCUGCACUGGAGCCUUUAUCAAAGACAUUGCCUCCCCUCUCUCUCUCUCUCUCUGCCUCAUUGUAUCUACUCCCAUUGAGGGGGGCUGUGUUCUACUGCAAUUAAAUCCAGAGUGGUGGGGUUUGGAUAACACAAUUCCAACCCCUUUGAUUUCAUAUAUAUAUAUAAUAUAAAUCUACACAAACAUAUACAGUGCAUCCAUGCUACCAGAGUCAGGGCGACAGAAAAGAGGAAACCCAGGAAACUACAUAGUGAUGCCCGGAACCAUGUAUUGAUGCAGAUAAAUAUAUAAAGAAAUAUAUAUGUGUGUGUGUGUGUGUGUGUGUGUGUUUUACACAGCUGAGUGAUCCUCAUUUUUCUUUGUUUCUCACUCUGCCAGUUUGAUUAAUCAAGUUUUUAACAAAGAUAGAAGGGUUUUCAAACUGUCAUAAAUCUAACACACUCCAUGGUGAUUCUCUGACUGAACAAAGCCUCCCAUGAUUAUGCAACACCAUUAUCCAUUAACUUUCUAAAUAAACAUUAACAUCCAUAACAUUUUAACAACGUCAUUGAAGUAUAUCAUUAUUGUCAAAAAUGUAUAGUGUCAAAUACUGUGUACUUAUUUCAGUUUUCCAUAUCAGAAGCUUAGUACUAAGCUAAGGGGAACAUCAGUGUUUACCUGCAGACUGAUGUGAUGUGGCUGUUGAUGUAGAAUGUAGAAACCAUUAGCACUGCACAUCUUAGUUACGCACUGAAAGGGGGCUGGAAGUGUAUGAAAACAUAGGUGUGUCCUGGGAGUAUCAGAUGAAACAGAUUUGUUAGUAGGGCUAACUGAGCAACCAUGCAGACUGCCCAUCAGCACCUACAAAGUGUGUAUUACUUUGAAGAUUUCCCCCCCUUUUUUAUAGGUCAGGCUAAACAUAUUUUAAUUCAAAUUCACUCUAGGCUUUAGUUGAAAAUUAUACUCCAAGAUUCAAAAUGGAACUUCCUGCAGAAGAUUUACUUGUUCAUCGAUUCUUUGUAUAUAUUCGCCGAAAAUAAAAUUUCGCCGAAGCUUCUCCAUCAAUGAAAACAGCUGGGUGGAAACAGACAAGUCGGAGCUGAGUUGCUGGUACUGAUGCGACUGUUCCUUCCUUGCCCCCACUUAAUGUUCACUUCAGUUGUUGCUGCUGUAUUUGCCCUUCUCUAUACAUGCAUAAAAAUACAAGUUUGGAUAUUAUUAAAAUCUGAUGUUGCAUUCUGUAUUUAGUAUAGAUAUGCUCUU